AUGUUCUACUCGGAUGUCAUCCUCUCGAAGCGCGGCCCGCUGGGCAACAUCUGGCUGGCCGCGCAUAUGGAGAGAAGGUUGACCAAGGCUGUCCUGCUCAAGACGAGCGUUGGCAAGAGUGUUGGUGAGUGUUGGUCGAGCAACUCUCAUGCUGACCAUGGACGUGUGUCAAAUUGACGUGGCUUGCUUGACACCCCCCAAACAGAGGCCAUCAUGGGCCAGUCCGGCGCACCCAUGGCCCUCCGUCUGACUGGUCAGCUACUGCUCGGUGUCGUCCGCAUCUACUCUCGCAAAACCAAAUAUUUACUGGACGAUUGCAACGAUGCGCUGCUCAAAAUCAAGGUGGUGAGUGAUUGCAUGCUUCUUUGCUUUCCCUCCAUCCUGGCUCAUCCUCUCUGCUCGCACCGUUGACAGGCCUUCCGAUCAGGUGCCGUUGAUAUGACAACAGACAACCUCAACGCGUCUCGCAACGCCAUAACUCUUCAGCCCACCAUGACCGAAUUCGACAUGUACGCGCCGGAUGUCGGUCUGGAAGAUUGGGAUCUUGAAACUGGUCGAGGUGGCACUCCCAGACCGCACGGCAGCAAGCGUCCCGGCAGUGGUGCUCAGAGCGGCUCCACUCACUUGGCACGUGCUCAAGACAUUACACUGCCGCGUCUUUUGGACGAGAGCUACGAAGACGAUGCUGCGUGGGACAUGACUCAGACUGGCAUUGCCUCGGCAGACUUCGAAGACGGAGGCUUAGACCUUGGACUCGAGCUGGACGACGAUGAAGUGGAGAGGAGAGGCUUUGGAGAGGGUCCCGGUGCGGCUGAUGAUAGUCUCAGCGUGGGCAUCGGCCGAGACGCCGCUGGAAGCGAGGUGGGUGCACGCAGUGUCGGCAGCUUGCUCGGCUUGGGUGCAGAGGGCGACGAGACACUUGGAGUGGGCAGGGACAGCCUGGGGCCUCUGCCAGAUUACGAUGAUGGCGGCUUCAAUUUUCUCGACGGCGGUGACUCUUUGGCACGGGGCUCCGAAGGUGAGCAGGCCAGUCGAUGGGCCUUACACUUUGGCAAGGUCUGACGCGUAUCAUUGCCCUUUCUACAGCGCCCGCAAUCACAGACGACACGAUAGACAUGACCCCACGCACGGCUGCCAAGAUUCGUGAGGCAGCUGAGCGCAGACUGGCGGAAGAGGCCAAGUUGGCUGGCAAAGGCGCAGGCAAGAGGCAGAUAGUCGAUGCGCGCAUCGAGCUGGCCGAGGCUGCGCCUGGAAGUCAAAGUCUUGCUCACCUCAACACCGCUGCGCUAGGCCCCGAGUCGUACCUGCCCAAGUCUCGCGUCUAUCUGCAGUUGCUCGCGAUGCAAGCCGACCCCUCCAAGCUGUUCCCUUUCAGCUCGCUCUCCGACAAGCUCGGCAGCACCUCCCUGUUCGCAGGGCCCCAAGGCCUAGCACCGCAGCUUACGAGCCUCUUUACCUUUGACACGAACGCGCUGAGGAGGAGACGACAGGCGGAAAGCGCAGCUUUGGGAGAGCCCGGCGCAAAGAGGAUGCGAACGGAGGAGCUUAGCGAAAUCGGACGGCGAGAAGCUUCCAACUUUGACCAGCAGAGCGGUUUUCUGGACCUAGGCGGCGAUGACACGUACGGACAGGAGGGAUUGGAUCUGAUGAUGGAUGAUGCAGGCAUGCCGGACGUGCUGCCCGAAGCAGGAGGCGAGUUUGCUGAAGAAGCAGGCUUGAGACGAUCCAUGAGGAAGAGCAAAGCUGAGGCGGGCGCGACGGAGGAGACCAUCACGGGAAGAUUGGCGCCUCUUUCUAGACUCGCUACGCCCGAAGGCGACGAGGGACAGGAAGAGGAUGAAGGGGUGAUUGGAUACUCUCCCAGUUCCAGCAACCCGCUAGCAGCGUUCGAUGCGAGACCGGCGGAUGCGGAAAAGCAAGCUGCGGUGCAGAGCGGAUUGACUAACAAUACGAUUAGGGCAUUGCGGGUGAUGAGGAGCGAGUUGGGAGAGCGCAGAGAGGCGGAAGCGAAGGGCAAAGAGAUUAGCUUCGAUAGCGUCUCGCAAGGAGCUUCGAGGAGAGCGGCGGCGGGAUUUUUCUUCGAGCUGCUAGUGCUCGCUACGAAGGAUGCGGUUGCGCUGGAUCAACCUGAACCAUAUGGAGAUAUCAAUGUGGCACCAAAGGAUGGGCUGUGGGACCUGCCUGCGGGACCGGCUACUAGACGAUCCGUCGUUGCACCUGCUAUGUAG